CCGGCUCUUUUGGGGGAUAGCGGAGCAGAUGAUAUGUGAAAUCUUCAACCUCACGACAGAAGCGAUCUAUGAUAGGUGGAGUCAUCUUGUCACUGAGUUGCAGCAAGAUGCGAUUCUCCCGAAGAUUGAAAUGUUCUGUCAGGCUAUCCACGAGAAAGGUGCCCCGCUCGUUCGGUGUUGGGGAUUUAUCGACGGUACGAUUCGCGCGAUUGCCAGGCCUCGGCGUAAUCAGAGAUUGUGGUACAACGGUUGGAAGCGUAAGCAUGCGUUGAAGUACCAAGCGGUUGACUCCCCUGAUGGGAUAAUACGUCAGCUGUGGGGACCAAUGCUUGGCCGUCGGCAUGAUGUGGCUAUGCUGGGGCAGAGUGCCCUUCUGCAACAUCUGGAGCAGUGGUUCAAUGACGCAGCAGGUACCCCUUACUACAUUUAUGGAGAUCCUGCCUACCAGGUUUCGCCUUGGUUGUUGACCCCGUACAAGGGGGCGCUCAGUCCCCUGCAGCAGGCGUUCAACUCGAGCAUGAGCGCGGUUAGAGUAACGGUCGAAUGGGGAUUCGGCAAAGUCGUCGCGCUUUGGCCGUAUGUCGACUACGCGAAGAAGCAACAGGUGGCACUCAGCGCCGCCGGGCUCGGCAAGCAGUACGCGGUUGCGGGCAUCUUGACAAAUUGCCACUCUUGCUUCUAUGGAAAUUCGACGUCGAAAUACUUCGGUACAAAGCCCCCGUCCCUCCGCCGCUACCUAAACGCUGAAGGAU